AUGGCAAAAGGUCGAAAAUUUCCCACCAGUCGGAGUGAGCGGCUUUUAGGAAGUUUUGGUUACAAUCAAAACCCGGAAAUUGUCACCGCCGCGCCUGAGCUGGGAGAAGAUGAAGUUUGGUCAAUGGUGGAUGACACGGCGGAGGGGGAUCAUGGCUCCAAUGGAGACUGGAGUUCACGCUCUUCUAUGGAGAGUUUUGGAAGCUUCAAUAGUCGUCAGAACCACCGUAGAGAUAACCUCCGCCACAACCACCGCGGCGGCGGCAGCCAAGUUGGUGGCUUGUCGUUGGCUUUUGAUGAUUCGACCAAAACAUCAUCACCUAGGAUCGUCCACCAAUUCCGAGGCAAGGACAACAUGGCGGAAUCACCGUGUGGACACCACGUUUCCGCUUCAGCCCCAGUGAACAUCCCUGAUUGGUCGAAGAUUUAUCGAGUGGACUCAGUCGACUCUCUCCACGAGUUUGACGAUGGGAUGGCGGACGAUUCAUCAGAUAUGAUUCCACCACACGAGUAUUUGGCACGGAGCCGAAAAAUGGCUGCGAACUCCGUGUUUGAAGGCGUUGGCCGGACACUUAAGGGACGAGACUUGAGCCGAGUCCGUGACGCCGUGUGGAGCCAGACCGGGUUCAAUGGCUAA